AAUAAAAAGAAGACAAAAAAUAUCGAAUGUGAAUUAACAAUUAAUUUUCUAAUGAUAAAUUAAAAAUUUAACGUGUAUAUAUAUAUAUAUAUAUAUAUAUAUAUAUACAUAUAAGUAUCUGAUUUAAAUGUAGUAUGGCUUUAUAGAAGGAUUAACGAUUCUAUAAUUUAAAUUUACCAUGUGGGCACUACGACAAAGACUUUUCCGAAAAAAAAGAAGAGUAUCGUUGGGCUGUAUAUAAGUUGGAAAUUUAGUUCCAUCACUAGCACCAUGAAUGUUCGCACAUCUUCCUUUCCAGUGGGGAAGAUUAACGUUGCCGUUAUAUUUAUCGAUCAAGCCAGUCAUUUUCACGUCCUUUUCACCGGUGUAAAAAGUCUCGUAAUCACCUUCGAAGUCAUACAUCUGAAGAAAAAGGAAAAAAAGAAGUAAUAAAAAAGGAAAAAGAAAAAAAAAAAAUGAAAAAAAAAAAAUGGAGAUGUCGCGACAAUGAAAAAUUUUCCAUUAUAUAAGUCACGAUUAUAACGAUGAAAUGAUAGAGUUCUUGAAAAAUCAUUACACACAAAUAUGAAUAUUAUUAUUAUACAGUAGUUGUCAUGAUGCUAGGAAGGGAAGGUUCAUUUACUUCGAUGCGUCAUGCUAGUUAGCUAAGUUACUAUGAAAAAGAACAAAAGAAAAAGGAAAAGAACAAAUGAUCUAUAGUAUUAUAAAAUUUUUUGGCUGUAUGAUAUAUUUCAUUGAAUACGUUUAAUAUAUAUCUGUAUUAAAUGCAUAUUAAAAUAAUAUUAUAAUUUUUAAACGUACAUAUAAAUCAAUAAUUAGAGUUUAUUAAACCAAUGCGAUAUUAUAACUCUUAAAUACAUAAACUAUAAUUCAUAUAUCAAACUUACUCUAUCGAUAAGACCGAGUUUAUCAAAUUUGAUCCACGAUGGCAUAACUUGAUUUCCAAGUGUAAGCAGAGUAGAUUUGUAACCAAACAUGAAUUCUCGAGCAGUCAUUGGUACCAAAGGUUUUGAAUCUGUUUGAUGGACUAACACAUUUAAACCCCAUCUUGUCAAGUAUGUUGCUUCUCUCAUUACAUUGGUUAUACUCUGGAAAUUACAAAUUUAUAUCUAUAUUCUAAAAUAUAAAUUAUAUCGAUAAUUUAUAUACGUGAAUAUUGGAUAUUUAUCCAAUGAAAGUCCUUGAUUUGUCCGUGUGCAUGCCUAAGGUUAAUUAAUUAAAAUAAAAUAAAUAUUGUUUAUAUAUAUAUAUAUCGAUCUAAUAUGAUCUCCACUUUACAACGACUUAACUAAGACUGAUAUGAAUCAAUAAAGAAAACAAAAGGAACAAAGUAUAGAAGAAAGAAAAAAAAAAUAUACGUACAUACAUACACAUAGCAACGAUCAUAUGGAGCUACGUGACUUGUUUGUAUUAUCUUGUUUGAAUACAUACAUACUCACACUGUUUAUAUCUCUGCUUUGACUUAGUAUCAAAGUAUUGUAAAUAAUGUUAUUCCAUUUUAUAUGACAGAUUAGCGAUUAGAGGAAAAACGAGAGCUAACAUUAAUUAUGACAGUAUGUAACUCGUAUAUAACUAUGAUCUUCGAUCAUUUCAUUUUUUAUCUUCUCUCGUAUGAUUUAUGUUAGAUGAUUUUUUUUCCUAUUAAUAUAAUACGAUUCUUGAUUUGUGAAUGAAUUACUUGGGAAAGUAGAAAGGAGUAGUAAGAAGAGAACCAAGAGAGGAAGGAGGAUGAGAAGGAAGAAAAGGAGAAGGAGAAGGGAUGGGCAGAAUGUCGGAGGAAAGUGGAACGUUAGCGUCUGUUACGUGCGAAGCUCGUAAAUACGAUCGAGAAUGUUUUGCUGUUCGUAAACGAAGAUCCAAGAUGGAAACAAAACGCGAUUUACAUCUACUCUUCUUGUACGAGUUUAAAUUAAAUCAUACCGUAGUUCAAGCUUCAAGAAAUAUUAAUCAGGCAUUUGGAGAUGGAUCCACCAAUGAAAAAAAUGCUCGAUAUUGGUUCCAAAAAUUUCGUUCUGGCAAUUUGAGUAUCGUCAAUGAGCUUCGAGGAAAACCACCGGCCCAUAUUGAUAACGAGAAAUUAAGGACGACUAUGGAAUCCGAUCUACACACAACUAGUCGAACACUUGGGUCUAAACUAGGAACUAAUCAUAUAGCUAUGUUAAAACAUUUGCGUGCAAUAAAUGAAGUGAAAAAAUUGGACUCAUAUGUGUCGCAUGAAUUGACGCAACUGCAGAUGAUCGACCGCAAAAGCAAGUGAGCAUCUUUGUUGCUUCGCAAUACACGAUUGCCAAUUUUACACCAAAUCAUCAUUUGUGAUGAAAAGUGGAUUUUGUAUGAUAAUCGAAAACGAUCAAGCCAAUGGGUAGAUAAGAAUACACCCCCAGGACACAUCCCUAAAUCGAAAUUUCAUCAAAAAAAAAAUUAUGGUCACCAUAUGGUGGAAUGCCCAAGGAGUGAUCCAUUAUUCCUUUCUACAACUAGGCGAAACUAUAACAGCGAUGUCUUAUUGUCGUGAAAUUGAUGUCAUGCAUGAGAAACUUAUGAAAAAACAAUCAGCAUUGUUCAAUCGGCACGGCGUAAUAUUAAUGCAUGAUAACGCACGACCACAUAAAGCUUCAAUUAUUGUUGACAAAUUAAUUUCUCUACGAUAUGAAAUUUUACCACAUCCUCCAUAUUCACCCGAUAUUUCACCGACCGAUUAUUACCUUUUUCGUAAUUAUGAAUUAUUUUUAAGAGAAAAAAAAAUACAAUAAUCAAAAUGAUAUUAUAAAAGACUUUGAAUUAUUUAUUAACUCUAAAAAUAAAGAUUUUUUUCAAAAAGGCAUAUAUGAUUUGCCCAAUCGUUGGCAAAAAGUCGUAGAUGCCAAUGGAAAUUAUUUCAA